AUGGCAACAUCUCCCGCCCGCGAUUUGCUCCAGCGACUUCGCGUACAGGAAGUACCCCGUGAGAACGGCGCCGGCAAGUGCAUGGACAAGCCGCCCCUGAGUGACGAUCUUGACACCCGACACCCAUCUCGCCGAAUCAUGUCCUUCGAAUACAAUGAUUUGACACACUUCUUUCCUUCCACCACACAAGCCCAAAUUAGGGACGACUUCAAGUCUCGCUGCGUUCUCUGUACGACACGCCUCGGCCCUAAUGAAGGCAUAUACGUGCCAGUCCUGCGUGACCCUCGCAUGUGGGGCGUCUGUGUGAACUAUUUACUUGCACGAACGUGCGAUGUCCAAGGCGCGUCGAACGGGAUAUUAUCCUGUGAUAUGUGUUGCAAGUUCCUCGCGACCCCCGACGGCGACGAUCUUGAGCAGCUCUCUAUACUCGUGCCGUGUGUACCAAUCCUGGUCUAUGUCGACAACAUACUCCGUAGUCUGCGCGACAAGCCCCUGGAGAGCCGCCAGCAGACGUUCGAUGAGAUACUUGAAGAUCUUGAGAAGGACCAGAGCUCGACGCCCGAGCGGCGCGCGGCAGCUCCUUUCCUCCAUUGCUUCCAGAUCCAUCCUAUUGAUCACCUCGAUCCGGGUUACUCGCAGGAGUUUGCGCUCAUCUCGCUACACGGCCCCCCUCCUGUCUCCAUCAUCAACGACAAGUCCUACCGCUUCAUCGAUCCUGCAGUGGACGGUCCGUCCAACUCAAACGACGAACAUCCAACAGAAACGCUGAAGAUCUCUAUCUACGGGCACGACAACGUCGUCAAUCUCUGGCGCAUCCCACGGCGCUCUGCUGGGUCGUUCAUGGCGCGCGCAGCGUCAGAAUAUCCAUACCCUCUCGGCGAUCCAGAGCUUUACAAGUACAUGUCGUCAACCUCCGGCCUCAGCUACUACCGAAACAGGGGACUCCGUCCAGAAGACGUGCCCAAAUUGCCGUCUGUCCGGGAGCAGUUCAAUCUCUUGGAGCACGACAUUCUUCUGAGAUCUUCUGGCUAG